AUGCCCCCAAGAAAACAGGCGGCACUGAGGGCCAAUGGCCUGUCCAGGGUUUCCAAACUACCCGGGAUCAAACACAAUGCUCCGAGGUCCACUGCCCACUUUUUCCCUCUGGAUUCUGACGAUUCUGUAGCUGAUGAUACCCCUCAAAAAAAGAGAGCUCAGCCGUCGAAGAAGACCAGAUCGAUCUUAGGAGGCACCAACAGUCUAAAAGCUAUGUUCUCCAAUUCCCAGGAACCCCCGAAAGAAGACGAAGAUCCAAGCCCAGAUACAACCCCAAUCAAAAAACCAGCUAAACGAGGACGAAAACCGAAAAAGGCCGCUGCAAGUCCACAAGCCCCCAUCCACGAAGCAAGCACACCAAAGUCAAUGCUCAAGCGAGCCACUAAGCUGCUCGAGCUGCCCGAAAAUACGAAACCAUUCAGAUUUGACGACAUUGAAGACGCUCGACUGCCGAGACGGCUCAAAGCGCCUCGCCAAAAGGAGAAAAGCGAAACGCUUCCAAAGAAACGCCGCAAGAAGCAGGUCGAAGACGACGACGAAUACGUUGAACAGCAUUCCCAGCAUACCUUACAGCUUACUGACAGUGAGCGCCCUGGUCCAGUGAGGCGAAGCUCUUACAGUAAUCGAGGCAAGAGGGUACUGUCAGUAGGGAACGGGUUUGUUGCAAAGCCCCAUGACGAGAUGUCUGCGAGGGACUACUUCAAGGUUGUUGAUGGAUCCUUGCCUGGACCAUCACGCAUGCGUCAAAUUCUCGUGUGGUGUUUCAAGAAAAAACUUCAACAAGAUCGUGAAAAGGACGGGCCUGAAACCGAUACGGCGAAAGGAAUUGCUAAAGUUAUCCAAAGUGAGAUUUUGGAAGAUUUGGUGGGUAAAAAAAUUGACACCAGCUGGCUUCUGGCAAGGCGGUUUGACACGGCCGAACUACAAGGCAAACGCAUCAUCAAGAGUAACCCGCUUAAUGAUGCUAAUCGCGAAAGCGUCGAGGUCUUCCAACAAAAGCUACGAGAACUACGGCAAGAGAAAGUCCUUUGGCAAAAUGCCUUUGACGCAAGCGUCAAGCCUCUUGAAGGCUUAGGCGUCAAUAAUGAGGACGAAGAAGGCAAGUAUAGCCGCGAGUUCAAGGAAUACGUGAAACAGAAGGACCCGGCGCUCGGAGCUGUGCUCCAAGAAGAGCAUCUCGAGGCGCUUUCACAGCAUGUGCAGCAGGUGGAAGCGGGUGUCUCGGAGAAACUCGAGACGAAUAUGGCGCAAUUGUUCCAUACGGCAUAUCAACUCAGCAAGAGUGUUGAACUUGUUGGGAAGAUUAAGAACGAGCUGCUUGCUCCUCAAGUAACCCAAAUUGUCAAAGACUUUAUGGAAAGGGGUCGCCAUAGCGAGGAGGUGACGAAAAUUGGUGCCAGAGAGCUUCUACGGGGCAUUUCUCGAGUUGACUUGCGCCAGUGA